AUGUAAUAAAUUUUCUAUAUUAAGUGUUUACCACCAAAGGCGCCUGAAUUAUAUAGAUCUACAAAUUCACCCAUUAGAAUUGGAUAAUUUAAUUCUAAGACUCAAGUUUCAGAUAGAGGAAUGGAUGAUAAAUUAUCUGAGUUUUCACUCUAACUCGUUAAUCAGUAAACAGUUGAAGAUAGAUUGAAAAUGUAAGAUGCAAAUAUAUUAUAAUUCAAAAAUAUUAAAUUCAAUAAACAUAGGAAUAGUGAAUAAGAUUUCAAAACUUAAUAGAAUAGGUUAUCUGUUAGAGAUGAAAACAUCCAAUAAUCUAUUGCUUAUAGUUAACACACUACUAAACAUGUUUAAAGUAUUUCUGAUUUGUAAAGCAAGUAUGAUAAACUAAAAGAGGAAUAUGAUUUAUAACAUAAAUUCUUAUAGGAAAAAGAGAGAGCUUAUAAUGAUCUAUAACUAAAGUAUUAAUAAUUACAAAGAUUACAAUAAUAAUAUUAAUCAAAUAAUUCAGAAUCAGAUUAAUAAACUAUUAAAUAAUUGAGAGAAAAAUUGUUACAGAAUGAAGAAAAAUUAUAGGAAUACUCAGUUGUUCAGUUUCAAAUUUAAUCACUUAAGCAACAAAAAGCAGAAGCUGAAAUGAAGUCAAAUAGAUUAUUAACUGAAAAUUCAUAAUUAAAAAAUGAGCUUACACAAUUAUAAUAAUCAUUAUCAAAUUGUAAAACCUAAGUAACUUAAGUAAAAGAACUUGAAUUAUUAGUGGAAGUUUGUUAAAAUGAUUAAGAUGGAUUUAUCAAAUCUUUAGAAAGUAAAGAUGCAGAAAUUCAAUAUCUGAAGAAUAGAUUACAAACUUCAUAAGAACAACUAAUGAAAUUUAAAUCAGACAAUCUUAAAUUAUUUAAUGAAUUAUAGAAUGUAUAAUAAGAAAUAAAGAAUAUGUAAUCUGCAAUUAUUUAAUCAUAAGAAAUAAUGAAAACAAAUCAACAGCUUACAUUAGAUAUUGAAAAUUUGGAAUUAAGUAAGAAUGUGUUAUAGGAACAAUAGGAAAAUAUUUUAGAUUAAUACAAAAGAUUAAGUAGCAUCAAUGAAACACUUAAAUAAUAAUAUUAAUCAUCACAAAAUGAGAUUAAUUAAUUAAAAAUUUUAUUUGAAAAUGAUAAAUAAAAUUAUGAAUAAUAAAUUCAAGAUCAGAAGUAUUAAAUAGAAUAACAAGAUAACGAUUUAUAGAAUGCAAAAAUGGAGAAUGAAUCAAACACUUAAAAAAUUAGUGAAUUAACGUAAUAUUAUCAAGCACAAUUUGCAGAAUUGUAACAAUCUUUGGAUAAUUGGUUCAGAUAAUAAAUAGAGACAGAAUUGAAGAAAGUUGUGGAUCCAAUUACAGAAGAGAGAGACUAUUAUUAAGAAAAAUUUAAAGAGGCAAUCUAAAAGUGUGAAUCAUUGGAAGAUCAGAAUUAAGAUAUUAUUGCUGAAUAUGAAUAAUUAACUAGCAAACAUUUAGAAUUGAAGAUGUUGUUCGAUUAAAUCAAAACUAUUUCCCAAACUUAAUUGAAGAAUUGA